CAUUGCUUCGAGAAGCGUCUUUUACCCAAGUGUAGGAUGAAGAGGUGAGACGAAACUACAAAAGGGCCGAAUAUCUAUCAUCACGGUCUUGUAUUGCAAGUGCUCUACUACUUCGGAUUCCCUUGUUUGUUUCUUUUUCUCCAUCUUCAAAGCUCUCCUAAUGGCUCAGCACGGCACCGCCGGAUCUUCCUUGGGGACAUAUGGAGACGAGAGCUUGACGUGUUCCACUUUUGCUGCUAGGUACUUGUCAUCAUCGUCGACGGGUAAGGAAACCGGCAAUGCGAGUCGGUCGGCUUGCCUGGGUUCGGACAAGAAUCGCGGGAUCGUCGACGAGCUGGCCUUGGAAUUUGAUGAUGAUCUGCGCUUCUUCUCCUCACUGUAUACGACGCCCAGGAGGACGCCUUCCGGGGAUGAUACCAUAUGCUUCUCGCCGCCGUCGAAUCCGCUUUCUUCGCCGCCGGGGUCGAUCUGUGCUGCCAACCAGGGCUCGUCCAAGGCGGAUAAUACUGAGGGGUUCAGUAGCGGCGACCUUGCAUACACAAGCAAGGUGUCCAAACGCCAAGCGCAGAACCGCGAAGCGCAACGACGCUUCCGCGAACGCCGGGAGCAAGAACGUGCCCAUCUGCUGGGCCUGCUUCAGAAGCUGGGCGCCGAGAACAGCAAAAUCACCAACGUUCUCAGCCAAAUGCGAGAAAAGUACCUCGCGCUAGAGGCUCGCGCAAAGCAGCUGCAAACAGAAGGGGAAAUCCUACGCCGUUGGCGCCAGGAGAUCAUGUGCUCCAUGGCCGGGCUGAUCCAGCACCCGAAUCUCGCGGACGAGGUGCUGGAGGCGGUCGCGAGUAGUUGCUCGUAUGAUUGCUGGCGCAGGGGGAUCCAGCGCACGAGAGCGUUUAUUGUGAUGCAAACGCUUGCGUCGCUUUUUGCGGGGGUUGAGGAGGGUAACUUGAGUAUCACGGUUGAUGGUGGCGAUGGUGGUGGUGAGGGUGCAUCGGGGCAGUUAGAUAAUAUAGAGAUGGGUAUAUCACAUACAGAGAAUUAGUCUUUUCAUAUUCUUGAUCUUACAUGGCCCUCAUAACCUUACGAUAAUACAUGAUGUUUG